AUGAGCCGACAGUGCUACACCUCGGGCUCCAUCCUGGGCCGACGGGGCUUCUCCUCGGCCUCGGCCGUGUGCGGGCUGAGCCGCGGCAGCGCCGGCUCGGCCUCGGCGUGCCAGCCCGCGGGCCGGCGCUGCGGCCUGGGCGGCUUCAGCAGCCGCAGCGUCUGCGACCUGGGCCGGGGGCAGCGCAUCUCCUUCGGGGGCAGCUGCCGCGGGGGGGUCCUGGGCGCCGGCCCCGCCGUCGGGCGCUGCGGCGUCGCCUUCGGCCCCCCGGGCCGCUUCGGCGUGGGCGCCGUCGUGGGCUUCGGCGGCUGCGGCGGCGGCUUCGGCGGCCUGGGCGGCUACCGCGGGCUGGGCGACGGCGUGGCCGUGGGCGGCUACGGCGCGGGGCUCGGCGUGGGCCUGGGCGUGGGCGCGGGACGCUCCGAGGGCAUCCGCGGCGUCAGCAUCCACCCCGAGCUGCUGAAGCCCCUGUGCGUGGGCGUGGACCCCGAGGAGUGCCAAGUGAGGACCCACGAGAAGGAGCAGAUCAAGAACCUCAACAACCAGUUCGCCUGCUUCAUCGACAAGGUGAGGCUGCUGGAGCAGCAGAACAAGGUGCUGACCACCAAGUGGGAGCUGCUGCAGCAGUAUGUCCUGCCAGCCUCCCGCAGGAACCUGGAGCCCGUGUUCGAGAACUUCAUCUGCAACCUGAGGAAGCAGCUGGAAUGUGUGAUGGGGGAGAGGGAGAGGCUGGAGAACGAGGAGCGCUGCCUCCGAGACCUGGUCCAGGAGUUCAAGUGCAAGUACGAGGAUGAGAUCAACAAGCGCACGGCGGCCGAGAACGAGUUUGUGGUGCUCAAGAAGGACGUGGAUUGUCUGUACCUGACCAAGGAGGAGCUGGAGGUGAGGGUGGGGCUCCUGCGGCAGCAGCUGGAGUUCCUCAAGUGCAUCUACGCCGAGGAGAGAGCCCAGCUGGACUGCCAGCUCUGUGACACCUCGGUCAUCGUGCAAAUGGACAACAGCCGCGACCUGGACAUGGAGGGCAUCAUCAAGAGCGUGGAGUGCUGCUACGAGGAGAUCGCCCAGAAAAGCAAGGCUGAGGUGGAGGCUUUCUACCAGACCAGGGUGAGUGAAAUCCCUCCAGACACCGUUCCUGGGACCUCCCUCUGUCCUCCACCCACCCCACGCUGCCCGGCCCAAAGAGAGAAAAGAAACCCCCCUGUGUACAAAACUCUCACAUGA